GCGUCCCUCUCUGUCUUUUCUCCGUCCACAGCGACGUGUCAGUCUCCUUGUGUCCAGAGCUGAGCAGCAGAAGGCGGUUGUUCCACUGUCAUGGCUCCUAAAGGCAACAACAAGCAGCAGUCAGAGGAGGACCUGCUCCUCCAGGACUUCAGCAGAAACCUUUCUGCCAAAUCCACCGCUCUGUUCUACGGAAAUGCUCUCAUAGUGUCUGCCAUCCCCAUCUGGCUGUUCUGGAGGAUUUGGCACAUGGACCUGGUCCAGUCCGCGGUCCUGUACGCCGUCAUGACUCUGGUCAGCACCUACCUGGUGGCCUUUGCCUACAAGAACGUGAAGUUUGUUCUGAAACACAAAGUUGCCCAGAAGCGCGAGGACGCUGUUUCCAAGGAGGUGACCAGGAAGUUGUCUGAGGCGGACAACCGUAAGAUGUCCCGUAAAGAGAAGGACGAAAGGAUCCUGUGGAAGAAGAAUGAGGUCGCCGACUACGAGGCCACCACCUUCUCCAUCUUCUACAACAACACCCUCUUCCUGGUCCUCAUCAUCGUCGCCUCCUUCUUCCUGCUCAAGUCCUUCCACCCAACUGUUAACUACAUCCUGUCCAUCAGUGCAUCCUCAGGACUCAUCGCUCUGCUUUCCACUGGUUCCAAGUAACGGCAGCUGAAGAGAUGAUGAUGAUGAUGAUGAUGAUAGAUAAUGACCGGGGGCUCGGGUGGGGGGGGGUAUUUUUAAUGAGGAAGGACUGGGGUUUUGAAGAGGAAGUGAGUUUCACAUUUCAGCCUCAUGAAAUCCACGAUCAAAUGUCUCCAGACGUUUCCUCAGGUCUCGUCCUCUGUGUUUUUGUAACAAAUAAAUAAAAGCGAGCAGGUGUUUA